AUGGAUAUCAUAACGCCGAGUCUGUUCAUGAGCCAGACUCUUGAACCGGAUCAGGUGUUCCCGCCACCACCACAUGCUUUGGUGGACUCAAGCGGUGGUCAACGCUUCCUAGUGGAGCGUAUUUUGAACCACCGCUAUGUGAAUGGCGUCCGGACGAGUUACCUCGUCCGCUGGCGUGGCUGUCCACCGGCCUGGGACAGCUGGGAGCCUCGUGCCCAGAUGAUUGUUGAUGUCCUUGGUCUCGUCGAGCAGUACGACGAGACCCACCCGCUGCGUUUGAAGAAGGGCCGUCGGAAAACGACCUCCCUGAACGCGAGUACAGGGGUUGCAAAGUGUCGAUCCCUUCGGCCAUCUCGGAAGAGACGCGCGCCCUCCAGUAGGGAUCAUUAG